AAAUAUCAUGCUAUAGCAGACUAUUGAUGAAAGCAUUCUCUAAUAAGUAUUUUAGUUAAUUUAUUGUAGUUGAGACGCAUUUUAAGUUUUGACUUCUUAAGUAGAAACUAUUUUCUAUUAAGAAAAUUUGAUCCGAACUCAGGCUGUGUAAUGCUUCAGAGUUUGGCCAAAGAAAAAAGCUUUAGACCUUUAAUAGAUUACCCGUAUGGGGUAGAAGCACUUGUCAAUGUAUAAAUUAGCCAUAUUUGUUUUUUAGAUAUUGAUCCAAUACAACUACAGCAAUUGGAUUUUUGAUCAAAAUUUCAAUGUAGUUAGACCCAUCUUUGCAUAAGAGAGAAAAUAAGUCCAAAUUUUGAUCAAAAAGAAUUAAGUAGAUGAUUUUAAGACAUUCUUACAAGAAUUAGAUCUUGUAAAGGAAUGUGAAGUGUAAGAAGCAGAGUACAUAGCAAAUAAGGAUAUGAUAAAGUUGUUCAUCAUUUUUGACAAUGAAGACGAAGCGUAAAUGAGCUUUGGCAAAAUCUAAUAACAAAAAGCUACAGUAACUUAUUCAUAUAAAACCUAGUACUCAAUACAAAAUGCGAAAAUGGAAGAAGUUGAUUACUUUGCCAAAUUUCUAAGCAUAGUCCAAUUAAAACAAUAAUAAUUUUAAGAAUACAGGAUGAACAACCCAAGAAAUUAUGAAGAUAGGCAAGCGGAAGAUUAAUAAUUUUCACAUAAAUAAACACAAAAUUAAUAAUAAUAUUAAUAAUAGAAAUUCUAUUAAAAUCAUUAACAAGAAAAAUAAUAAUAAUAAGAAUACACCUCUUCAGACAUUGUUAAUUAAAGAUUGAAUCAGAUCAGAUCAAGUGAAAAAAUAGAAUUCAAUUAUGCUCCAUUGUAAGAACAGUAGUCCCUGUUCUCCUUUGUACCCCUUGUCAAUCCCACACAAUAGGUGGCAAUUCAAUAAAACACUUAAUUUAUUGAAAAGAAAAACUCAAUUGAAAUAUUACCCACAGAGGUAGUUCUUGAAAGCACUCGAAAAUAGGAUGUUGAAUAGAUUGAGACUCAAAAUAAUUAAAUGCAAAUGACAAGAGAGACAGAGUCAAACAAGGAGAAUUCAGUGGAAAGAAACAACUAAAAAGCAAAUUAAGGAGAAUUAUAUUAACAAAAGUAACACGUCAAGCAUGGAUAUUAAUAAAAUGGAUAUGUAAGAUUUAUUUAUAGCUUAGUAAUAGAAGAGAAGAAAUAACUAUGAUUAUAAUCAAAGUAAAUAUCAUAACAAUAGAAAACCACAAUAUUAUAGUAUUUAAAUUAAGUAAUUUAGAUCGUUUAGAGGAUGACCUAAAGGAAUUUACUGGGUAUAAGAAGUACCAACAACGAUAAUAGAAGGAAUAUUACGAAGUAAAGAAGGAAUAUUGA